AAAAAGACCUGCAAUUUUAUACAGCCAGCACAUCUUCCAGUUCAUUCCACCUGAGGGCAGUGAGACUGCACUCCUCAGCCACCCUCCAACACCAACCAAACUUGGUUUGGUUGGGCAACUGCCUUAAAAACAACCCAACUGGUUUGAACUGAAAUACUGAAGCUGGAGGUUCCUAAGCAAACUUGAGAGCAUUCCUAUUGCAAUAAUACCUAAAAAGCAGUCUCUUUUACAUGAACUUAUCUAAAAAGGAUGCUUGCAGCAAAACUAUAGAAUACAAAAGCUCAAGAAGGUGAGAACUCAGCUCUGAGAUGGCACAAGCUGCCCCAGCAAUGAGACACAGUCACAAGUAGAGCAGCAAGGAGAAAACACAUCCUCCAACUGCACUGAUUGUGAGGAGCUCUAAAAGAAAAAAAACAUUUUGAAACAAGUCUGUAAAAGCUAUUGUCAGUUAUCAUAAUAUGGUAUAUAUGCACUUGUUUAUGUGUAUUUUAAUAGAAUUUCGAGAAAAUGCACACAGAUUUACUAAAAUUAUCAUUUCCAAUGGUCAUACAAUGAAAGUUUGCUAAAAAGCAAUGCAAAAUGAUUCAUCAUUAAUACUGGAGUUGUUGAUUACUUUACUUAAAAGGAAACAAGGCAUAUCACUCUGAGUCUGCUCCCUGCCAGUUCCUCCCAUGUUACUGGAAUGUAUCUCCCCCUGCAACCUGAAGUCUCAUCAGUCAUCAUCUCCUCUCCUCUCUUCCUUUUUGUUUAGAGUUUUGCCCUGGGCAAAAGCUACAAAAUAACGAAUUCCUGAAGUGCAGGAUUUUAUCUAGUAAGGAUAAAACUUGAGGAAGGUGAAAGGCAAAAUUUGCCAGUGCCUGUAUAUGUAAAGUCACCUAAUACCAAAAUCAUCUGCAUCUUGACAGGAUUUUAACAUUCAAACAUCUGUAUAGCUAAAAUAUUUAUUUUUCCCAGAUUUUUGCAAACAUACAGGGGAAAAUCUGCUGAAUAUACCUGAUAAAUAUUGCAACAGGAAACUGAGUCGUUUCAGCUUAGUUUGCAGUAAGUACUGACUUGAGAAUGAUAAAUAUUCAAGUAUCCAUGAAUUAAAAACCAGCAAAUUCACCUGCACAGAAUUCUCAAAUUUUCUGUUCAAAGGCCAUGUGUAUGAUUCAGUUGGUAAGAAAGGGAUGAGAUAGCAUCACCAAUUUCUAGUUGGCAAACCCAUGAAAUACUGGACACCUGCAGGAGCCCUUACAAUUAAGUGGAAACUCCUCUAUUUUUUCACAUUCCAAACAAUGAACUUAGAAUUUUGUGCUCUACAUUUACCCCUACUUAACUGCUGAAAUGGCUGUGUUACUUCAUGAAACUUCUAUACUCUUACACAUAUUUAGUGCAUGUUUUCUGUAGAUUUAUUUGCUUACCAAAUAACAGCAUUCAAAUUGUACAAAAUUUUUUGAACACUGCGAACACGUAUCAGUUUGGUUCCAAACAAUCACUGCAAAGAUUAAAAACCACUAAUAUCAAGUACACAUUUACUCAUAAUUCCUCAGGAAACAAUUACUCUUUUCCAUUUCAGUGAUACAACCAAACCCAAAAGUCGUCAUUGCUGAGGUAAUGAAUCAGUCAACACAGGCAGGCCCGGCAGAACAGCGCAGCGCGUUUGCUGCUCACUUCAAACCAAGGCUUUCUCCUGGGAGCACGCAUUGCACAGGAUAAACCACUGGAUUUUUGUCAGAAAUUCUGCAAGAGUGACCAUCAGUAAAGAUGUCAUAUUUAAUGAAAGGAUUUAAAUGUCACAGUCCUGUGAUGUGCAAGGUAGCAGGAAGCCUGUUUAAAGCACACACAUUAAAGAACACGUUUGGCAUCCAUGAACAAUUCAAAAUUUCACGUGCAUCGUCGCGACUGAGCUCCGAAAAGACAAACUCUUACAAUUACAUCAUUGUAGGAGCUGGAUCAGCAGGCUGUGUGCUGGCCAACAGGCUGACAGAAGACCCGCACAGCACUGUGCUGCUUUUGGAAGCAGGCCCUAAGGACACCCUGCUAGGCAGUAUAAGGUUGAUGUGGAAGAUCCACAUGCCUGCUGCCUUAACGUACAACCUGUGCGAUAAGAAAUACAACUGGUACUACCACACCACUCCGCAGAGGCACAUGGACAGCCGAGUGAUGUACUGGCCCCGGGGCAGGGUCUGGGGCGGCUCCUCCUCGCUCAAUGCCAUGGUCUACAUCCGCGGCCACGCCGAGGAUUACAACCGCUGGAGCAGAGAGGGGGCUCUAGGCUGGGACUACGAGCACUGCCUGCCUUAUUUUAAGAAGGCACAGACACACGAACUGGGGCCGGAUCAGUACAGAGGUGGGAAUGGCCCCCUGUACGUGUCAAGAGGGAAAACAAACCAUCCUCUCCAUCAGGCAUUCCUGGAGGCAGCCCAGCAGGCCGGGUAUCCCUUCACGGAUGACAUGAAUGGCUACCAGCAGGAAGGCUUUGGCUGGAUGGACAUGACUAUACACCAAGGUCAAAGAUGGAGCACAGCUAGUGCUUAUCUUCGCCCAGCCAUAUCACGCCCAAAUUUCUCAGUUGCAGAGAAGACACUUGUAACAAAAAUCUUGUUUCAAGGAACAAAAUGCAUUGGUAUUGAGUGUGUGAAAAAUGGGCAAAGGAAAAAGGUUUUUGCCAGUAAGGAAGUUAUUUUAAGUGGAGGUGCAAUAAAUUCUCCCCAGCUGCUUAUGUUGUCUGGAAUUGGAAAUGCAGAUGAUCUAAAAAAACUGGGGAUCCCUGUUGUUUGCCAUCUUCCCGGAGUAGGCCAGAACCUACAAGAUCAUUUAGAAGUGUAUGUUCAGCAGAAGUGCACCAAACCUAUUACUCUAUAUCGUGCACAAAAGCCACUGAACAUGGUGAGGAUUGGUCUCGAAUGGCUUUGGAAAUUUACAGGUGAGGGAGGAACUUCCCACCUGGAAUCUGGUGGUUUCAUCCGGAGUGAACCAGGGGUUCCUCACCCUGACAUCCAGUUCCACUUUCUUCCUUCCCAGGUGAUUGACCAUGGUCGGGUUGCUUCCACAAUGGAAGCUUACCAGGUCCACGUGGGACCCAUGAGGAGCACAAGUGUGGGCUGGCUGAAGCUGAAGAGUUCAGACCCAAACGACCACCCCAUCAUUGAGCCCAACUACCUCUCAAGAGAAAGAGAUAUUUGGGAAUUCCGCCAGUGUGUCAAGUUGUCCAGAGAGAUCUUUGCUCAGAAAGCUUUUGAAAAAUUUCGCGGUCCUGAAAUUCAACCAGGAAAUCAUGUUCAGUCUGACAAAGAAAUAGAUGCUUUCAUAAGGCAGAAGGCUGAUAGUGCUUAUCAUCCUUCCUGCACCUGUAAAAUGGGUCAGCCUUCAGACAGCACUGCUGUAGUGGAUCCCCAAACAAAAGUAAUUGGUGUUGAAAACUUGAGAGUAGUUGAUGCUUCAAUAAUGCCCAGCGUUAUCACUGGAAACCUGAAUGCCCCAACUAUCAUGAUAGCAGAGAAAGCUGCAGAUAUAAUUAAGGGCCUCCCAUCACUUCAAGAGAAAAAUGUUCCUGUAUAUAAGCCCAAGACCUUGGAAACACAGAGAUAAAUAAAUAUUCUCAUCCUUUCAUAUAAUUGGCUAUUUAGGCUUUCACCCACAUGUUGGUAUCUCAUACUGAAUAUGCCAAUAUGAUAAAUAUCAUGCAAAAUAACAUAUCCUAUUAAAAUAACUAUUAAUGUGAAUAUAUUUUUUUUGUAUUAGACUACCUCCUGUUUUUUUUAAUCAGCUGGCUUAAGUUUCUUUUUUAAAAUCAUAGAAUAUGCUGAGUUUCAAGGGACCAAUCAGGAUCAUUGAGUCCAACUCCUGGCCCUGUGCAGAACACUCCAAGAAUCACAAAUUUAGUUGAAUAUGACCUUUUGUAGUAAAUUCAAAUUUUCUAUUGAAGAGAAGCUGUUUCUAGAUGACAAGAUGGCUGUAUACAUCAGCCAGAAAUACCAUGUGAUUGCAAGAGGAAUGGAAAAGAUUAAUGUGAGCUAUUUCAAAAACAGUUAUGUUAUUUGAAGAAUUUUAACUGCUAUGAGAAUGUUUCCCAGGAAAACAGCUAGUCAGUAAUGACCACAUCCUGCAAAGAAUGGUCAAGCAAAUGUAAACACUUAUGCAAUUUCAAAUUCCAGAGUUGAAUUCGUUUGUAUCAGAAUUCAUAGGAAAGGGAGGAACUGCAUGUGUCAGUUUGUCAAACAUGGUUUUUGUGAAAGGAAUGCACGGUUUACAAAUCCCACUCAAAAUUAGAUUUCACUAAGCUCAGUCUCUAACUGUAGAGCAUUCAGAGAGAAGACAUACAGUGUGUUUAUUGGAACUUAUUUUUCUAAAAAUGCAGAACUGGAGUUGAAAUUUAUAAAGAUCUACUGGAAAAUGGAUAUUUCUUUUGUUUUGCUUUUGUUUUGGUUUGUAUUUUGUUUUAUGUAGCGCUUAGUAGAAUUCUGGUAACAAUUUAAGCUGAUGUAGUUUUACCACUCUCGCAGUGAGAGAUCUGCACUUUGUAUAACACCUUAAAGUGAUUGGUCUUUACUCAGAUGAUUGUUUGCAAAAGAUAUUAAUCAGUAAAUAUGAAUAAAUAAUAGUGCCUAUCACUCAAAUUUCAUUUAGAAUAAUUACAACCAAACUAUAUUUAAAAUAAAAUAUUACUCAAAAUAAUUGUAUAAGGUCAGAUAUUGAUGAUAUGGGAAGAGGUCUUUUUAAAUUAGAAGGCAAAUAUCUUACUCAGUGAACCAAUGCUAUAUUCUAGUUAGGACUUAAAUAUUUGCUUUUUUAGUUUUCAGAUGUGUAAGUUAAGAUACUUGAGCUAUCAUGGUUGUUUUUGGUGUCAAACUAACUUUCAGGUACUGAAUAAAAAAAACCUAAAGAAACUGAA